AUGGAAAUGCAAGGUGGGAAAAUGGAGAAAGAUUUCGUGUUGCAAUGGGGAAACAGAAAGAGGCUAAGAUGUUUCAACAAACUUAAAAAACAGCACCAGCACCAGUUUGGCGACAGCGGCGGCGGCACCUCUACCACGCCGCACUCCUUACCUCUGCCCAACAAGAAGAUGGGCUCCUCGCCUGUUGCCAAUCGUCUCAAAAUGAAUUCGGAUUUGGGAACAAAUAAGUCAAGAUCGGCAUUGACAUCUCCGGAGAAGGAAGAUAGGUACUAUGCAACAAGGGGAUCGGGUUCCUUAGUGUUGGAAGACAAUAAUACCAAGGUUUUGAUGGAUCACCACCAUGUUAAGGAAGAUAAAGGGACUGUGUGGCCCAGAUUGUUCACCACAUUAUCUAAUAAAGAAAAAGAACAAGAUUUCAUGGCUAUGAAGGGAUGUAAGCUUCCUCAAAGGCCAAAGAAAAGGGCAAAGUUGAUCCAGAGAAGCAUUCUCUUGGUGAGCCCAGGGACAUGGCUAUCAGACCUGUGCCAGGAGAGGUAUCAAGUCAGGGAGAAGAAAACUUCAAAGAAGAAACCAAGAGGAUUGAAGGCCAUGGGAAGUAUGGAAAGUGAUUCUGAAAGAGAUUGAUUGAUUGAUAAAAAUGAAUCCACUCAAGUGGUCUGCCUUAGCCUGGGAAGACGAUUACUGAUAUAGCUUUUCCUUUAUUUCAUUUCUUACAUAUGGUGCCAUUGUUGAAAAGAAACAGCCAAAAAAGAUGGGGUUUUCCCUUAUGUUUUGCUCUUGUAGCUGGCAAAUUGUGAUCAAACUUGGAAUCAAUUACUCCCUUGUAGUUUUAUCUAAUCCAAUUUCUGAAA